AUAGCGAACCUUCCACGCACGCGUCUAAAGCGACGCUUCGUACGUGUUCUUGCCCGGACUGGGAUUUUUGGUUCCCUCCCAGUGAAGGCGCACGUGUCAGCGAGAGCCUCAAGGACUUCGUCCACGUGUUACCUCUCGCAGUCCUCUUAUAUCUUCGCCUCCAUCUCCCCUUUCUUUUCAGAAAGAGCCCAGCCCAAAGCCACAAAAGCAGAACCACAACCCGAAUAAUCUCUCACUUUCGGACCAAGCAAACCCGAAAUUUCGUUCAUUCUGAAUUGUUUCGGGAGAGUAUUGGAUGCAGUGAGGGCUGACAAUUUUGGCCAUGGAUAUGGAAAAUCCGGCGGAUUUCAGUUACCUUGGAAGGAAUUUCAGUGAUCUGAGUAACGGCGAACACUCCUCUGCUUUCAGUGAUUGUAACAGCGACACAUCCGGAGAGUUUCAAACGGCGUCGUCUCAAAGCCGUCGGCUUCUGAUUUCUUGCACUUCGGACAACUCCGACGAUCUGAUUCGCCAACUCAUCGCCGACCUCGAGGCCGGUUCGAUUGAGGAGCAGAAGCAGGCGGCCAUGGAGAUCAGGCUCCUCGCCAAGAACAAGUCCGAAAACCGGCUCAAAAUCGCCAGAGCAGGCGCGAUUAAGCCGUUGGUUUCGCUCUUAUCGUGUUCCGAUCUCCAGCUACAAGAGUACGGCGUCACGGCGAUUCUGAACCUUUCGCUCUGCGACGAGAACAAGGAGCUCAUAGCUUCGUCCGGAGCAAUCAAGCCUUUGGUACGAUCGCUAAAGACAGGAACGCCGACGGCCAAAGAGAACGCAGCUUGCGCUCUUCUCCGCCUAUCGCAAAUCGAAGAAAACAAAGUCGCAAUUGGACGGUCAGGAGCGAUUCCGCUGCUGGUAAAUCUUCUCGAGAGCGGAGGUUUUCGCGGGAAGAAGGACGCCUCGACGGCUCUGUACUCGCUGUGCUCCGUGAAGGAGAACAAGAUCAGAGCCGUCCAAUCGGGAAUCAUGAAGCCGUUGGUGGAAUUGAUGGCGGAUUUCGGGUCGAACAUGGUGGAUAAAUCAGCGUACGUCCUGAGCGUUCUUGUUUCGGUGCCGGAGGCUCGUGCGGCGUUGGUCGAAGAAGGAGGAAUUCCGGUGCUGGUGGAGAUUAUAGAGGUGGGGUCGCAGAGGCAGAAGGAGAUUUCGGUGGCAAUAUUGCUUCAGAUUUGCGAGAACAGUGCGGUGCACCGUAAUUUGGUGGCCCGCGAAGGAGCGAUUCCUCCCCUUGUGGCCUUGUCACAGUCCGGCACAAAUCGCGCCAAGCAAAAGGCGGAGACAUUGACAGAGCUUCUACGGCAACCGAGAUCCGGCAACGUCGCUGCACGAGCGUCAGACGUGUCAUUAUAAAAUGCUCCCACAUCAUCACCCCCCAUGGCCAUGUAGGAGUAAAACACAACAACAACAACAACAACAAAAUCGAAAACUUGUAAAUAUCUAUGUUUCGGAGUAGCUUCAGGCUCAGCUUGUAAAAUUUGUGAUAAAAGCAUUAAAUCGAGCUCAGUUUGGUUUGCCUUUUUGGAGCUUAUGUUUAUUUACUCAAAA